GUACAUUGAAAGAUAUGAAUCAAAAUUUUAAAGACGAUUUUCUUUUCUGAUAAAUUUUAAAGAUUAAUCAUUGAAAAUAGUUAACUAAAUGUCGCAAUUAAUUAUUCAACCUACUUAUUAUUAACCUGAAUGUUAGCAAACAUGUGUUUCUAGCUUCUAUGUCAAAUCCUAGCUCCCUAUACAUUUUUAAACAGUUGUUAACAUUUAAGAAUAUAUAUCCACAACAAUGACCUACUAAAUCUUUUGUACGAAAACUCUUUGAAACGGACAAGAAGAUGGAAAAACAGUUUUUUUAUGGCCAAGAUGUCAGAUUUUUAAUUAGAUGACUUUACGCUGUACAGUAUAGGUUAUGUUGUUUUUAUUAAAUAUAUUAUUUAACGUAAUGCGAAGUAAUCUAUAACCUGUGUGUAGAAAUGAAUGCAACCAUGAAUCUUCAUCAAUCUUUGCCGAGUUCUUGCUAUUUAAAUACUAGUGAAAAUUCCACUGUAUCAAAGUCCAAUCUGAAAUCGAUAUCUCCCAAAUUACAAAAGAGGAAACAGAGAUUGCAUUUGGGUGCUAAAAAAGUCGACCCAGCAUUGUUUUUGAUGAUGGAAAAAGAAAAUGAAAAGAAAGUGUUUACUAACUCGGUGACCGAUCGACCGCGUGUUGAUAAGAUAAAAACUUAUUCGAAGUCAGUUUCAACAGAAGAUGACGAGGAAGAAGAGGAUGUCUCGAAAGAUGCCUUGGAUACGCAGAAAUCAUUAAAAAUUCAGAGUAGAUCAGAUAAUAGGCAAAUGGCAAAGCACAAUAUUCCUGUUGUGACACACAGUACAAGCAACAACGAUAGUCCUGCAAAGGCGGAUGAUGAGAACACAUUAAAACAACACAUUGGCGUUUAUCAUCAGGAAUAUAAAGAGGCGGAACCUAUAAAACCGGAAUUCAGUCCAUGCAGUAACGAUGAAGCCCAAAAAAAGUUCGGAUCAGCUAAAUCUAUUUCAUCCGAAAGGUAUUUCAACGAUAUGAGCGGUUCGAAAUACAAAUCGGACUUGUCAAGGUUUACCAACUGCUCUUCCAUUUCCUCGGAUGACCUCUUUAAUCGGACAGCUUAUGAGCCUAACUUACAGGACUUAUUUUUUUCAUCACUCGACAGCAUUUCAUACGAAGAACUAGCAGCCAGCUUGAAGAAUGGAGUUGCCAAAGUGGCCGGAAAACUGGGUUCUGCUUUAAAGAGCUUUGCUUCACGUUUGCCGCAUGAGUUCGGAGAGUACUGAUUUAUUCCGAAAAUGAUCUAAAAUUUCACUAAAACGGUAUUACACAAUAUAAAAUUAUUCUACAGAAGAAUUAGUGAUGCUUUACUUACUUGUUGUAAAGAAUGAUGUCAGGUUUCCAUACAGUCAGGUAAGGAAGGCGUAUCACUUCUAUCCCCUCAAACUCUGAAAUAUUCCACUUGAGGUGGUGGUCUGUCCAAAUCUGAGUUAACCAGCAGUUGGUGGUCAGGAUUUGAUUCUUUUCAUCCUGCGCACAAAGUAAAUUAUUAGAAAUAUAUUCAAUAAAUAUUUCUCUAGCCUCCAUGAAUAAGUGGCUAACUCGUUUUAUUAAAAUAAAUUAAAAACAAGUUUUUAUUCGGUGAAGGUAGUAGUAGUUGGAUAUCCUGUUCAAAUGGCUAAGUCGGGAACAAAAGUAGUUGAGAACAUUAUCAAGUUUAUUCCCCAAACUAACACUUCUUCGUCUGUAAUCAAACUUUCAAACUCAUCCCAUAAAGAGUUUGAAAGUUUUUAGUUAAACACAAAUUCAUGGAGGGCUAUAACUAUGUAAUAAUGAGCUUUAAUAACCUAAAAAUAAUUUCAUUGCUGUCCUCCUUUCUUAUAUCAAAGAUAAAGAAUAGUUUAAUCGAUGACCCACAUAAGAACAAACUGUAAAUAAAUUAUAUGUGUUUUCUUUUUUAAUAAAUCAUUUCAUUGUCGCUGAAGUCAAUAGUAUCUACAAUAAAUAAUAGUUUAGUAUGUACAGUAAAUACUUAAAUGGGAUGAAAGUAUUGUGUUUGAAUGAAUGUCAUUGAUUUACAAAUUAUUUUUGAAAUGCCUGCGGUAGGAGAAUUACCUGACCAGGUCGAAUCGUCGGCAAUUAAGUGAAACCGCAGGAUAAGUGGGUAUUUUUAGCUAUAUCAUAUAUUUGUGAGGAGUACGUCCAUAUAGGUUUAGCUAAGCAUAGGUAUGUAUUUAGUUUCUGUCUCAGUUCUUUCUAGUUUUGAAGAUUUGAAAAAGUGAAUGAAGUAGUGGGAGUCGUCUGUUGAGAAUCUUCCGUUUCAUUUUGACUUGUGGGCCCCAUGUCAUCCUUCUGUCUAAGGUAAGACCAAAGUAGUGUACCAUGUCCGUCUGAGGUAUUUGGUUGUUUUCGAUAUAAAUUGGAGGGCAGGUAUUUCUUCGAAGUGUAAAUGUAAUGUGUUUGAUUUAUCGUGCUUUAGUCGAAUUUUCAUGGUUUGUACCAGUGUUGUAAUUUAUUUAAAUGAUGUUGUGUACGGUCAUGAUGCUUUGUGGGAAUUGCUGUAUUGAAGCUGUAAGUACCAUAAGUUAACAAAAGAAACUGCAUCAAACAAUCCUUUGUUCCCGUUUAGAAUUAAUUUAAAACAUCAAUUCAAUAAUUACCUCGUCUAAGGUUUGUGUAAUCUUCUUAUUUUUUUAAUAAAAAGUAAAUAAGUAAAUUUAAUUUAUUAAUUUUUUAUAAUUAUUAUUUAAGUCGUGAAAUAAGUAUUUACAAAACACGGGCUAUCAUCAGCGACCUUGGAUUAAAUCUGCCACGUGGAGUUAAAGUUAUGCUAUUUGUCGACGAUUUUGAAAAAGUCUGAAGAAGGAAUCAUAAAAAAUUUCACUUAGCACUCCCCACCCCCUUUUUUCCCUCCUUUUACCUAACGAGCUAACUUUAAGGAACUAAACUUUAAUAACCGUAAACAACUCUAAUCUUAAUAUGCAUUUUAAAUCUUUUUAAUUGUAUCCAAUUCCUGUUAUUCACAACUAGAAGAUAUAAUUGUAUAUAAUUUUGAUUAACGGCGUUUAUGACAAACAUAUUUUACGUCUUUAAAAUACAACAACCAAUCAACCAACACGAGGCGAUAAGAUUGCAGUAAAAAAGUAGAGAGAAAAACAUAGAGUCAAAUAAACGGUGUUUUCAUAUGUUAAUAGAAUAUCUCGAUAGAACCGAACUGUGUAAGUAUGUAAGACAUAUUAAUUCCUGUUGUGGGCGGGGUGGCCGAAUGGGCUAACGCGUUGUGCACAGCUCCACCGUUUCCCGGAAACCUGAUAUAUGAAAAAUGAUAUAAAAAUAGUCAUGAGUGCCAAGACGUCUUUUAAAUCCUCACCCACACUCUCUGGCCCGGGAAAACCUCGUAUAGUCUUAACGGCGAGGAAGGGGAGGACCGCAAAAAAAAAAAAAAAAAAUAAAUAAAAAAUAAGCAUACCACCAUUCUUUUCUUUUCGGUGGUGAUUAAAAUAGAGUAAUAUUCUACGUAUGUUUCAUUAUUUAUAUCACUAUUACUUAAUGUUAAAAACUUAUCGGAAAUAUUAUCAGGAACGAAAUGAAAUGUACUAGAAUUAUUAAUAAACUGAAAAAAGGCCAAUUUGGCCGCAGAAAUAAACCAAACGAAAAAUAUAUUUUCGUUAUUCGUUCGUUCGUUCGCCAAACGAAUAAUAUAUUUUGAAAGAUGAUGGCGUUAAUAGAUUUCGGUAAUGACUGGAAUUAAAGAUUAAAGUUCUUAUCGCAAUGAAUAAGUUUAAAGAAGAUUAUAAGUUUGUAAAAUAGCGUUCUCCUUCAGCAUGACGGGAUAAAGAAGUCCAAAUAGCCGAUGAAAUAUUGAAAUGGUAUAAAGCAGGUCUGAAUCGACUAUAGUGAAUUAUUCAAGACAUACUGAAUAGCAAGGAUUUAUAAAAUCCAUCUUUUUAUUAAAGCAAAUCUUGGAAAAGAGAAAUAAAAAUGGGCGAACAAUAGAAAGAAUAUUUCACUAUAAAUCUGAUCCACAUUGAAAAAAAUAGACUAAACUAAACUUAAGUUAUAACCUUCAUUUCAACACUUUAUAUUGAUUUUAGGAAGCCUAUUCACGAAAUAAGUCAAGGAAAUUAUUCUACACAAACAAAUUUGACAAACUAUUCACAAAAAGAAACAAUUUAGAAUAUAAAAUGAAAUGAAAAUAUAUUUUAUUAUUCUGGGACUGUUGUCCCUUUAGACCAAAUUAUAAGUGCAGAAUGCAUGUCUGUAUGGUCGUAAAUUAAAUAUUUACAAUAAUAGUUAAUUAAAAGUAAAAAUACAGAAGAGAGAGAGAAAAAUACAAGAAAAGCGUACAUAUAUAUGAGACAAACAAAGGAAACUAAUAUAGCAUGAAUAAACAAAAAUAGUUCUCUCAGAUAUAUUUUGUAAUCAGACGGAUUGAGAUAGGAAUAGGUGUUUAAAGAGGAAACUGAUUGUGCAUGUCGAAUAUCAGCUGGGAUGGAAUUCCCUAGGGAGGUGGCUUGAAUUGCAAAGGAUUUGUCAAACGCAGCAGUUCGGUGAGGAGUAGGAUAGAGAUCGGAGGUACGAGAUCUAGUGGGACGGGAUUGGAUGGAGUAUUUAAAUUGUAAGCUGUGAAAAAUAUAGGAGGUUCGAUGAAUUCUAAUGAUCUGGUACAGAAAGGUGAUAUAUGAAUAUUUUACUACGAAAUAUGAAUGCAUAUUUUACCUGCUUUAGAUAUAUAUGAAAAUUAGUUCAUUUGAGAAAUUAUUUUGGACUGCAAAAGAUGGAGUAAUAUUGAUUUUCGGGUAUGUAGUAAGUAUACCCCUUUUUUUAGAAAUUAUUUUACUUCCCACCCCUUAAGAGUUUUCCACUACUUUAAAAACAUUAAGAAAAGUAAUAUUUUUAUUUUAGUUUUAAUCUGAUAAUCCAAAUCAGUGCAAAUUAUUCAUGUUAUGUAUAUAUAAAAAAUAUACAAAAUAUAAAAAUAUUUUUUAUAAUAUAUCAUUAUUGUAGAAUUAUAGAAAUAUUAUAAUUUUAUUGUUGAUAUUUUUAUUGAAAAAAACGAAACCAGGUGUAUAGUUUCCAUUUUACCGAUUAUUAUUUUUUUUUUUGGAAAAUUGUUAAACAAUUGGUAUCAUCAUGUAAAGUCAAACAAUGGUUGAAAACUUCGUAAAGGAAGGGCUCUGAGGACGUGGAAGCAGGCACAAGAGUCAAAGGCACUCCAAGAAAGAAGAACUUUAACGUUUUCUUUAUCAACAAGAAAGUUGAUUUGCCGGCUGCCUCACGUUUAUGUAAGAUCCCCUGUUUGCCUCGUGAGAGGCGGAGAUAUUUACACUGAGCCGGUUAACGAACGAGCCCGGUUUAUUCUCUUCAUAAUUCUCUCAGUAAUGUGUUAUCGAUUGCAAGCGACUAAUUACUUGAUUUACAAAUCCGUGAUCGGAAAACGUUCAAAAUCUUUAGUUUAUUUCACAGACAUAUCCAUAUAGAAGGUCGUCGAAGAGGGUAUAGUUUUUAUAAAAAUACAAUCUGAUAAUAAAUUUUAAAUUUUAUUUUAAUGAU